UAACAUGUAGAGCGAUUAAUCAAUUAUAAAUUCUAUAAUCAAUUUAUGUAACAACCUUUGACGAUUUUGAAACUGAUAACGGAAUUUCAUUAUUACUCCAAUUAAUUAAUCUGCCAACACUCUGCUACGGAUAUUUAUCACAAGUGUGACCGCAAUGUGAUAACUGUUUUUUCAGGAAAAGAUUUUAAGACUUCGUUGUGAUAAAUCUCGUUUCUUUUAAUGGUCUUUUAAGUCACAUAUAAAAACUUAAAACUACGUAUACUUUUGCAACUUAAUUUUUUUUAAUUAUAAUGUGCGUGAAAGAGAAAGUAUGAUCUCGAAUGACUAUGUAUUUAAAUGUGAAUCAUCAUUGGUGUUCGAAGAAUUUAAGCCAUUGUUGAAUUGUCUUCCUCGUAAAUUAUCGGGAAUAAAAGAGGAGUUUUUUUUUGCGCAGUUUUUUCACGCUGUAAUAAUCACGAUAGUUUGAACCUUCUAAUUAAUUGAGCUAUCUACGGAAUGAGUAUGUAAAGAAUUGUGUAAAGAUCGAGUGUUUAUCCGAAAACCUUGAAAUACUUCAGCAAUAGCGUAAGGUUUUUUCGCGCAACAUAAUGCAAUAUAACUUAGAUAAUGUCACGCGCGCGCAUUUCGCAGUUGCUAAUUCAUUGUUACGCUAUUUUACGCAAAUGACGCUCGAGACAAAUGGAAAGUUUCCGAGUAACUUUCAAAAGUCUCAGGCAUACUCGUGGGAGAUACAAUAAAUUCGCUUAAUCGCCGGUUGAUGCGCAUGUAUUUCUUUAAGUUUUUUUUUCCUAGCAUUCUCCCGUUCGCGUAUUAUUGUACGGCACAGCGCAGAAAUACAAAGUCGUCGAAAAGCAAUUUUCCCACGCAUAGAGCGACGAUCGAGCGUAUAGGUUAUGUUAAUCUACAAAGUGCGGAACUAUCUCCUCGCGGCCGUUACGUAGAUCGGUCCCUUCGUUCAGCGAAACGUUCCACUUGCAACAUCAUCUAAAAUUAAUCGACUUUCCGCGUGGCGUGAGAACAUUGCGGUGGCGAAUCCGCGACGAUAUCGCCGCGAAUUCAGGGAUUUUUCCCGUCCACAGACCGUUCGUGCGCGCUACGGCCGCCAUUUUGCUUUCCCCGCACGUCUGACAUGUCUUUCUAAUGUUAUUAUCGACGAAUGUUGAAAUUUGUGCGUGAAAUCGCUUCGAGUUAUUGUCCGAGGAGACCGACUCCGUCUCGAGAGGAAGGUUGCGCUGUGCCUGAUCGGUGGGACGAUUAUUGUCUUUGUCGGCAGCGAUUUCCAUUGUUGUCCCAACCUUGGUCGGACCGACUGAAACACGGAGUUGAUUUACAGGCAGUUACGCGGAUAACGCGAUUGCGACUAACUCGAUUCGCUUCCGGGGACUAAAUAUGCCGCAAGACUUAACCAAGGUGCGCUUCCGGCUGCAUCGCUGAAAAUCUCAUCACGGUAUCCUUGCACGAUGUCCUGUUGUCGAUGUAACAAGCGAACCUAACCUAUAAAACAUCGUUGAAAACGACAUCGUGUGUGCUUGUGUCAACAGUGGAGAGAUCUCGCUCGAUGAUAUGGCUCUGGCGCCGCUUCUGAGACCAUUGAAACGCAGAAAUCCGGCUGCAGUGCUCACCGUCCCGACGUCCACCCGACGCAGUUGCUCAAACAUGUGUAGGGCAUGUUUGGUGUAGACUACUAUGCGAGGUGGAACAGAUCUGGACAGAAGGAGCAAUCAAUGAAGGUCCCUAUUUCCGAAAACUCAAACAUGGACAAUAAAUUGAAGUUUUCGGACCGCUUGAAGGCUCUGCUGAAAACCGAGGCUCACCAAGAUGUUGAUCCGUACAUUUUUAGUGAACCGGAACCGUUUGGCACAGCAGCGGGAAGAAAUACCAUGGUGGUUCCACCUACAAAUUCUAAAGUGAUGCAAAGUUGUAAGAACAAUAAGACAAAGGGGAAAUGUUUGAAGCAAAGGAUAAGAAUGGCGCCUGUACCGGACGCGGGCUACAAGACUGUUGGAGUUAAUGCGACAGCGGAAGCGAGCGUCGAACGGCGCGUCGGAGAGAACGUAGAUCAUAAAUUUUCUAAUGUAGUUCAGCAUAAGCAGCGACAUAUUGAAAAUUUGCAGAGAUUAAAGUCCAGGAGGCAAAGUCGGGACCACACGCUGCUGUAUUAUCCGAGAGCCGGGGAUGAGAUAUCCGAUAGCGAUUCGAGCGGAGAUGACAUGACGAUUUAUCAGCACCAUUGGUUCCCCGGCGAGUCUGUUACAACGCUAAACCGCGCUAAUCGACUGUCCCAACUACGUUUGCAACUACAACGACAAUUACUUCAAUUACGCAUCGACGAGAAUGACGCUGAAGUUGUACUGCGUCACAGGGUCAGGUGUCUGUUGGAGGCCGCCUCCAAAGAUCCCGCUUCUACCGCGAGGGCUCUGAGCGAUUCGCCGGGCGCCAACAAGGUGCUCGACGGACCGCUGUUGGUCGGCGGACUGUGCGGAGCGGAAGGAUGCCGACAGACGUCUCUGCCUUGCACCCGGCACUGUUCUCGCCAUAUUAUGUUAAACGGAGAUCAGCUUUUAUUCGAGCAUUGCACUGCCAAGUUUAGUGACAACACACAGUGUUGUGUUCCUGUGUUUGAUGUCGCACACGAAUUACCUCUUUGUCCGGAGCACGCCAGGAAGAGGGACAAUUAUCACCGCAAAGCCCAAGAAUCCAAACCAAAGAAAGCUCGUAAAAAGCCAACCUCCCCAACUAUCCCGGUGAGGCCUAAACCCAAGUCCAAGCCGAAGAAGCGCAAACGGCCACCCUCGAACAAAGUGGAGACCAAGGGCGGCGCAUUGAUGCACGAGGAAAGUCAUUACAUGAGCCAAAUAAACUGCAAUGAAAAUCAUACCAAGACGUUAAACAAUUUGAAUAUUCCGCAAGGAAGCUCAAAUUCUGCGUCUACUUUAAAUCUAGGAUUGGGAUUAGGCUCGCUUGGACUGGGCGGAGGGCUCAAAGUGGAGCUUGGGGAUAAUGAAGUGUUCGGUCCUUUGGAUUCUGCUGAGCACGACUUUGGCAACGUGCUCAACAAUUUACCCCCGGAUGCUUUUAACGACUUGUUUAUCGAGGGUAGAAAUGGAGAUUACGAACCGUCGAGAGAAGAGGAAGAGGAAUUGCAACGGGCUCUGGAAGAGGUUGACAAAGAUGUACGAAAUUUGGAGAGGAUGCAAUCGAACGGACUUUUAGAGCCGGCAUUGCUCGCCCAGCUCAUGUCGGACAUUGCUUCGUAGCCCCACCAAUCUUAAUGUAACAAUUUUGGGAAUGAGUUCGCGUGUGUUCCUUGUAACGUAGAAAGAAGUACUGUCUGUGUCCACGCUGCUAAACGUAAGAUUGCGUUAUAGACUGUUAUUACGUAGCCACGCAAGUCCGAGAUAAUGGCAGGGAUUGACAUACAGAAAGUAACGAAAACGAAAAAAAAAAAAGAAAAAAACAAUAGUGAACUUAUGAAUUUAAUAUUAAACAGCAUUGGGUAUAAAUACCAUGGGUAGAUUUAUGUCGAACGAGUAGCAAUGUAAAAAAAAAAAACUGAGAAUUCCAUCCUUUUUGACAAAUAAUCACGGACACUUUUGCGUCAUCGUCAUAAUACUUGCAAUAUAUUUGUAGUUUAUUUGCAGAUACUUUGCACUUGGAAAAAUUUGCUUAGAAAAAUUGUUGUAGUUGUAAUAUGUUAAUGCAAUCACAUUUUUCGAGAGUGGGGAAUGUACGAUGGGAAGACGAGGAAGCGGACAAUGUCACGUAACUGGCUCAGACUUAGGUUCCGACACACACGAGUUAAACAAGGUACAUAGUUUUCAUUUUUAUAUAUGGCUUGUUUUUACUAAAACGAAAGAGCAGGAAUUAUAUCUAAAUUACACUACUAAUAGCUCCCACAUAUUUAUUGACUACACAUAAUAUCUAGCUAAUUACUGAUUAUUGAAAUAAUAGGUACAAAGAUAUUUUUAUGACUGAUUUGUAAUGAUUUUAUCUGUUAUCGAUUAAUGAUAAUACCAAUUGUGAGAAGAAGAAAUUCUGGUUUACGAAAAUCAGAGCUAGAAUCAAUUGAGGCGCAGAAUAAUUUAGACUUGAAAAACAUAAUAUUUGGAAAAAAAAUAUUUGGGGUGUUCGUAUGUAACUUUGUAUAUAUAUCAUUCUCAUUAUUAGGGCAAAUUGUCAUAGCGAAAUUGUUCAUUAAUUUGCAAAGUAAAAAAAAAACAAUUAAAAAUUAUAUUAUUUUCUUAAUGGCAAUUACAUUUGCAGUUAGAAAACAUUUAAUCUAGAAACACUUUGUGCAGUAUCAUCCUUUGAAAAUACUAUCCGAAUUUUAUUUAAAUAAAAUACAUUUUUCCACAA